CUCGGAAAAUAGGCCUACGUCCCAGGCUCUGCUUGGUCAAGUUUUGGUGGCCAGUGAAUAGUGCACCCAAGGAGGAAAGUGUGUGAACCGGUUCUAGUGGACAACUUUCAUACUACCUCCCACGAAAAGAGCAGUUCCGCAGCACGAUGGAUAACAGCCCACCGCCGCCGUCAGCCCUCAACAAUUUCCGCGUCCUGUAUCUGGUGACGCAACUGGUCGGAAUCACGAUCAUCAUUCUGGUGAGCAGCUGGAUCGGCAUUCACCUGAACGGGCUCGGCUGGACGUCCAAUCCGGCGAUCCAAUUCAAUUGGCAUCCUCUGCUCAUGUCGGUGGGCAUGAUUUUCCUGUACGGCAACUCUAUCCUAAUCUACCGUGGGUUCCGUUACGCACGCAAAAAGCCACUGAAGAUCACGCACGCAUCGAUCCAUGGGGCCGCCUUCGUUUUUACCGUCGUGGCACUGGUUGCCGUUUUCGAUUCGCACAAUCUGGCCACCCCGAGACCGAUACCGAACAUGUACACGCUUCACUCUUGGGUUGGCCUCUCGGCGGUCCUACUUUUCUCGCUACAGUACGUUUUCGGGUUCGCGGCGUACCUAUUCCCGGGGGUCCGUGAGCAACUGCGCGCAUCGUACAUGCCGGUGCACGUGUUCUUCGGCGUUGCCGGAUUCGUGAUGGCCAUUGCCGCUUCCCUGUUGGGCUUGCUGGAAAAAGCCAUCUUCACCAUUCCCAACUACGCCGCACUACCACCGCAGGCCGUACUGAUCAACACGAUCGGGCUGCUUUACAUCGUGUACGGUGGGCUGGUAGUGUUUCUGGUCACGGAACGACAAUACAAGCGGCAUCCGCUCCCCGAGGAUGUGAUGCUCCUAACGCACAGCUCCAGCACCGGCACAUCGUAAGCGCUGAGUUCGCGGAAAGGCGGACGGAUCUCACCGGGAAGGUCGUCUAUGAAGGGUAGUGCUACUUAGGUUUGUCUCAUGGUCGCCGCAUUUUGCCAGGGUCACAGCGAUACUGCCCCGUGUUGCUCCCCGUAAUCUAUUGAGUGUGUGUACUAUUGUUGUAUCAUUGUACCUAUAAGCGUUUAGCGUAGUUUAAUGCCUUUCUGUAUAUAAUAUCUGCGGUGCACGGCUUACGCCUAACGCAGUGGUGGCAUGUCUCAGAGAAAUGCUAUCCUUAGGCGCUUCAAGAACGAUGCUCACUAUGAAGCUUAAAGUAUUAGAUUUUGCCGCUUCAAGUACGUCUACCCAUAAGUAUGUCCAAUAAAGUCUUUAUCUAUCUACACGAAACA